AUAAAGAAACACCAUGAUUGUCAUCAUUUGGCAGCACGCUGGUGCGCUAUUAUUCAACUACGGAUCCAAAGUCCCUACCUUUCUGCUUUCUUUCUUGGGUUCUGCCGCUUCUUUUACCCAAAACAUUUUCCCGGAAAACUCAACUUGCUCAUUUUCCUGGGAAAAGCUUCUAGAUAGUAUAGAGUCCCUGAACUUGAAACCCAUUUCACUAGGGUCUCUCUUUCUAUACUCUUAAGGCCCCUGAAUUAAAUUGGAUUGAAUUGAAUUGAAAUGACAGCAUCAAAAGAAGUUUCAGCCAUGAUAAAACAAGGGUUUAUCUCAGACCCAACUCUUUCUUUUUCACCUUCAAGAACUUCCUCAACUGCAACAUUUUCUAGGGUUUUAAACUCUCCUAACUCGAAAACCGUGCUCUCUCCACCCCACUUCAACUCCACUGAGUCCUCUAACCCGCCAACUCGCUCGGGUCACCACCCAACCCUCUUUCAAAUGAUGUCUGAGGAGCAAACCCUUGAACAGAACCGCCAAAGAUCGCAAUCAAAAAUAUCAAAAAUAGUAAAAGAAUUUGAAGAUUUGAAUAAUUGUGGGUUGGGGUUGGGUGAUGUGAGGCUUACCGUGAUUGGCAGAGAUGGGUAUAGAGUUUCAGUUAAUGCGCAUAAAAGGGUUUUGAUAGAGAAGAGUGGAUUCUUCAGGGAGAAGUUAAGAGACAGAGAGAAGGGAGUCAUGCAUUCUGUGGAGAUAAGCGAGUGUGAUGAUGUAGAGGUGUACCUUGAGACUCUGUUGUUGAUGUAUUUUGAUGAUCUGAAGAAGAGAUUGAUGGGUGAGGAGGUCUAUAAGGUCUUGGCACUGCUUCAGGUAUCUGCAGCUAUCAUGUUUGAUGCAGGGAUUAUGUCAUGCUUAAAAUAUUUGGAAGCUGUUCCAUGGUCCGAGGAUGAAGAGGAAAAGGUCAUCUUUCAUCUCAGCCAACUUCAGCUUCAUGACUCAGCAACUGAAGUACUCCAAAGAGUGUCAUCUGAACUAUCAACUUCUACUAGAGCUGAUGACAUCGUCCUGAAACUGCUGAAUGGUGUUCUACAAGCCAAAGAUGAUAAGGCUCGUCGAGAGAUGAAAACUGUAAUUUCUAGGUUAUUUAGAGAAGAUCCAUCAGAUCAUAAUAAUAGGCUUGAUGUUUCUAAAGAUACACUGUAUUCUCUCUGUCAUGGAUGUCUUAGUUCGCUUGUCCUAUGCUUAUCUGAGGCUGCAUGCAUGGAUGAUACGCAGCAUGAUCGAGGAGGUUUAAUGAGUGAUAUAGCUCGAGAAGCUGAAAAUUUGCAGUGGAUUGUUGAUAUUUUAAUUGAUAAAAAAUCUGCAGAUGAGUUUGUGAAGUUAUGGGCAGAGCAAAAGGAGCUUGCAGUUCUCCAUUCAAAGAUUCCUACCAUUUACCGACAUGAAAUCAGCAAGAUUACUGCACAGUUGUGCAUUGCCAUUGGGAGAGGACAAAUCUUGGUACCGAAAGAAACUCGGUUUUCUUUGUUGUCUACCUGGUUGGACGCUCUUUAUGAAGACUUUGGAUGGAUAAGGAGGGCUUGCAAAUCUGUUGAUAGGAAACUAGUUGAAGAUGGACUAGGGCGGACAAUUCUUACCCUUCCAUUACUACAACAACAGGCCAUUUUGCUAAAUUGGUUUGAUAGAUUCCUCAACAAGGGGGACGACUGCCCCAAUAUUCAGAGAGCAUUUGAGGUUUGGUGGAGAAGAGCUUUCAUCAGACAAUACGCGGGUGAGCAGGAUAGUUCCCAGUUACAAAUAACAGUUUGUGAUUAUCCAAACUGAAGGUACUCAAAGUUAUCUGAAGUCCACACCACUUGUACAUAUUUAGUAAUAUUCUUCUUCAUUCAACUUAUAUCGAAUACUUUCAGUCAUCCCCAUGACUAUGAUUUAAUUCUUUGCAAAUUUUUUGUCUUAGGUGUUGGAAGCAUUGUAAUGGGAAGGAUCUAGGUAUAGAAACAUUGAGAAAUAAAAGAAUUUGUAUGACGUCUAUGCAUGAAUACUAGUGAAUGUUGUCUCUGAA